GUGAUUGGCUGUCGGAACGGCUGCAUUGUUUCCAGGAGGAUAAAUUAGCUCCUCGGAAGUGAGAGCAAGGAAAACGACCUGAACUCAACAACAUGUUGACACAAAGAAGGAAAAACGUGGAAAUGGUUCUCCUCUCAGCAGGGAUGAUUUUGCUUCUCGUCAUCACACCGGGGCGAUGUGCCAUGCUGAGCACCCAGUCUGUUACAAGUCCCCCAGUUGUGAACUCAUCCCUGAGUCCACAAACAGAAAACAGCAGCAGUGUGGAACCUGAAGUCAGCAUCUCACACAGACCGUGCCACAGUAAAGAUGAGGGCUUCUGUGGAAACGGCGGUCAGUGCAUCUACCCCCAAGACAGCCAGAGGCCGGCCUGCAUCUGCAAAGCGUCGUUCGCGGGCCAACGCUGCAUGUACCCCAUUGGAUCGGGAGGUCGCUCUGAGCCCGAGCUGGAGAAAGUGAUCGCCAUCGUUUGUGGGGUAGCCAUGAUCAUCUUCACCCUGAUGCUUGUCGUUUACUGCUGUGUCCGUAAGAGGUGUACAAAAUCAACACCACUCCUAAAGUCUACAUCCAUGAGUUUGAUUUGACCCUCAACGCUCCUCUUCAUCAUCGUCAUCAGUCCUUCUGGAAAAACUCCUUUUGAGAAAAUACUAUUUAUUUUGUCUGUUAGCUAAAGUUCACUGUAAAAAUAGAACACCUGAAUAAUUGUCAUUUUUGAGUGUAAAACAAUUUAGGAAUUAAAUUAACUUUUAACUUAGGUAAAAAAGUGAUUAAUAAUAUAUUUAUUUAUUGUGAUAUUUUUUAUAUUUAUUUAAAUAUUUUUGUAAAAUGUUAUUAAACCUGUUUAGUUGCCUGAAUGUCUGUGUCCACUGUGUUAUUAAACACUAAAGUUA